CUCGAGGGAAAUGAUGACAAGCAUGAACGCGCUGCUUUGUGGGCUGGUGGUGUUUGUGCUGGCGGCCGCCGGUUGGGCAGCGGAGGUGCCAGUUUCCUUCGUGAGCUACCUCAACGGGAGGUCAUCAUCAUCCUGCAGCACAGGCGCCCUGAAGGCAUGCAGGAAGAAGGUAAGCGAGCAGGGCGGCCAGACGGACGGCUGCCUUGACGGCUGCCUGGACGGCUGAAUGGCUGAUCAUGCGCAGAUCAGAUCCCCAUCUAUCUAUCGUCUUUCUUCUUGCUUCCAUUCAUUGGCUGUGUGUUGUCUUCGCUUGCUGCUGCUGCUGCUGCUGUGUGUGUGUUGACUGACAGAGUUUGUUUCGUCCAGGUGUAGGGUGCCUGACGAUGCGCAAGGACUCCAACAAUGGGGAGGGGCCGCAGGGCAACAAAGACGACUUCGAGUACAGGGUCAGAAGGGAAACCAGAGCAGGGAGGGAGGGAGGGAGGAACGAUAGGCAGAGAGUGGACACAUCUGUGUCACAAAGGUGUAGGCGUGUAUGUGUGUGUGUGUGUGUGUGUGUGUGUGUUGGCUGACAGGGUGGUGUAGACUGGGAUGCCGAGUGGAAGAAGGUGCUCGAGGGACAGCAGGUGCGGCGGGGCGGGAUGGGCGGCUCAGCCAACAUGCGCACACACACAUAUAUGCACACGCGCAUCGCGUGGAGGAUGGGCCCAUCCGACCGAGGCACCACAUACGUGUUGUGUGAUGCAGGACAAGAUUCAGCGUCCCAAGGGGACAGAGGUGCUGACGGACUUCCAAAAGACGCAAAAGAAACUGCAGUCAAACCUCAGCCGGUGAGUGAGUGAGUUGGGGGCAGGCACCAACGAACCAACCAACGAACGAACGAACGGUCUGCGGGUGCAUUACAUUCCUGUCUGUCUGUCUGUCUGUGGUGCGUUCUAUGUCUGUCAGUAUUCCGUCGUCCUUGAGUGACUAUGUGGGCGACUGGCGCUUCUGGCUGGUCGUCAUACUCGCACUCUCCUUCAUCGCGUCAUUCGUCACUACCUUCAACAGGUAGGUCGGCGUGAGCAAUGAAAGAACCGCACACCCACUUGUAUGUGUGUGUGUGUGUGGUGCCUGCCUGCCUGCCUGCCUUGUUGUGUCAGGCCACAGCUGACGGUCCAGUCCACUCAGCUGCAGGCCCUGCUCGGAGAGUUUGUGGAAGAGACCGAAGACAUGGUGACCUUCACACACAGACAGACAGACAGACAUCCACAAACACCCACCCGCAUCCGCCGCCCUCCCACAGGCCGCCUCUGCUUCCUGUCUGUGUCAGUUUGCCUCCUUGUGGAGCACUGCCGAGCCAGCGGACGAGAUGAGUACGGGUGGGGGUCUCGUGCGAUACGCGUCGGCAGCACAGGCUGAGGAUGCCCCCCUCCCUCUCCACUGGAUGUCGCUCGCACUCCUCGACAGCCUCAAGGAGAGAACCUGACACACCCUGACCGAGUGGAUGGGUGGGUUAGGAAGGGACGAUGGCUGGCUGCUCGCCUGCCUGCCUGCCUAGAGACGCAUCUGCCUGUCUGUCUGCCUUGGGCAGGGUGGGCGUGUCGUCUGGGUGGUAUGGCAACGAAGUAGCCGAAUCUAGCAACCCCCCACAUUGGGAGGGGACGGAUUGUUGAGUACGAGAAGUACGAUAGAUGCCUACUUAGUUCUCUGUGGUGGUCUGUCGGUUGAUUGGAUUGACUGAUACCCUUUUUUGUGCUGGAGGGGGGGGAGCCUUGCCGUCGAAGACAGCUCCUCCUUCCCUGCCCUCUCCUUCUCCCUCUCUUUCUCCCCCUCUCUCUCUCUCUCCCCCUCUCUGCCUCUGUCUCCCUGGCUGCUCGAGUGUGUAUCUUACCCUUCUCUCCUGUGUGGCUGUCUGGCUGUUCCAUCGGGGAGGGGUGCGGUCAGUCGGUUGUGUGCGUCGGCUCUGUACCAUAAGUACGCUGAGGGCCGUGUUUGAGCGUCAAUGCGAUCCGCUGGCAGGGCUGGCUGGUGUGGCUGGUGGUGCUCGUGAGUGAGUGUGGUGAUAUACGUGGGUGUGGUGUACAGAAUGAUUGAUUGAUAUAAGGAGGGAGUGGGUCACUACUACUGUAGGUCUACGGUGUGGUGUGUGGUGUGUGUUGGUGUGAGUGCCGGCCGCUAGGGCUUCUUUAUACGAUCCAUCCCGCAUCCACCAGUACUGAUCGACUGGACGAUCGACUGGACGAUUGGUUAUUGAUUGACUAACUGAACACCCACCAUUGAUUGCCC